AUGAAAGAUUUUUCGGAGGCUGUCAUAUUAUCUUGGAUUUUAUUAACAUCAACUGAUGCUUUAAAAGGUAACGAAUAUGCAAUACAUCCGAUAAGCCAAGAUUGGGGUAAGGCCCAGGAAAUCUGUGACAUACAUGGUCGUUCUCUGCUACCUGACAUAGGUUUAGACGGUUUCAAGAAGAGUGGGAUAUUUGAUGAUUUAGAAGCUGAGGAACUUGUCUGGUUAAAUGCCAAGGAUGUUAAGAUUUGCUAUCCAUCUAGGAGAUCCAUUCAUUUGAAGCUUGCUUACAUACCUGCAGAUUCCAUGUUGACGGCUUAUCUUUGCCAUAAUGCAAAUAAUCAAGAAACAAAGAAAUAUGCGGAUAUGCCACAUUUAUCUUGGGAUGAGGCCAACAAUGAAUGUGAAAGUUCUAGUGGCUGGACUCUUGCCAGUUUAUCAUCAGCUAAAAUACUAAAAGGCGCAGUUUCUCUGCUAAAAAGAGAUGUCCCUUUCUGGGUGGCUAAUAUGAGCAAGAUUCCGGAUGUAAUUUCAGAAAAAUAUAACACUGAUGAAAUGUGUUUGGGUGUUAUGAAGAUGAAUGAUGGUUCAUUGACGUACAGGAGGGACAACUGCACAGAAAAACACAAGUUUGUCAGUAUACCAUCUAUUAAUGAUUUUGCUCUGGCUAUAUGGCUAAUGUCAAGACCACACCCACUUUUCCCCAGGAUGAUAGAGCAAGAUAUUGAAACUGUCAGUAUUACAACUGGUGAAUAUGAGAUUGAAGGAGCAUCACACCAUAGUGAGAGUACAAAUGAAGGUAUGUAUGGUGGAAUUGCAGGAGGAGCUGUGGGCGGAGUCAUAGUUAUAGUUUGUGUCAUUGUCGCUGUUUACUUUCUCCGAAGACGAUUGCGCAGUAGGCGAGACUAUCUCAGAAGUUUAAAAAGAUACACUCAGAGGCAUGCAAGCUCAAGGGGAAUGUUGAGUCAUACAAUGUCAGCGGUCAACACUUUAUCACAGGGCAACACUUUAUCACAGGGCAACACUUUAUCACAGGGCAAUACUUUAUCACAGGGCAAUACUCUAUCAAGGUAUUCUUGUAAACCUGACAACUGCAUAGCUAAACAGAAUGACAAUGAUGUUACACAAGCAGAAUAUGAGGUAUUAACAACAUAUGAAAGAUAUGACCCUGACCCUGGUCAUCUUCAGCAGGUACAUGGUUACGUGAACAAAGAGAACCAUGGUCAGAUAUCUGGGAAAAAACCAAACAUUAAUGACCUUGACACAUAUGAGAACCAAACAACAGGAAAUAAGAGCAUUAUGGGUAAUAAUGAAGAAGGUAAGCACUUGGGUGAUCCUGAUAAAAAGACAUGCAGUCUGAAUGAAUUGGAGGAAAAUGAAAAUUACAGGGUACCAAAGAGAGAAAAAGAACUAUUUAGAAUGUUUAAAACUGAUAAGGCUAAUAAAGCCAAGAAAGAACAAAGAAAGGUUGAGGAACAAGAAGCACCUGCUUCAUUGAAUGAUUUGCAAGAAUAUGAAAGCAUUGAGCCACCAUCAACUGCAGUGAAAGAGAUCUCCCCAUCGACUGCAUUGAAAGAGAUCAAAGAACUUUCUGACUGAGAUACUUACGAAAAUCUUGCUGUAAAGAAGAUUUUUAAAACGAAGAGUCUUUUCUAUGUUUUGUUUACCUUGUCUUGUAAUUUUUUUACAGUGGUAAAUGCAGAUUUUUAGGAGAGUUCAGUACAUGUAUAUUGAUUUUGGACUCGUAAACUGUGCAAAUGAUAUUUCCUAGGU